AUGAGCGCCGACACAGGCUCACCAGAGCCGACCUCGCAAGAGUCCUCACGGGUAGCGAUAGGGUUGUCGUUCGGCAACAGUAACAGCAGCAUAGCCUACACCACCGCCAACGAGGGCAAGGCUGAAGUCAUCGCCAACGAGGAGGGUGACCGUCAGAUCCCAUCCAUUCUCUCUUACGUUGCUGGUGAAGAAUUCCAGGGCACACAGGCGAAGGCUCAAAUAGCACGGAAUCCCAGGAACACAAUCGCCUUCUUCCGAGACUUCCUGGGCAAGGGCUUCAAGGAUGUCGAUCCCAGCCCUUGUCAUGCCAGCGCACACCCAGUGGAGCUGGACGGCGGGAAGAGCGUGGGGUUCGAGGUGCAGGAGCAUGCUUCAGAGGACGAAGAAGGGAGCAGUGAGCCAGCGAAGAGCACGCUAUCAGUUUCAGAAGUAUCCACAAGGCAUCUGCGGCGGCUGAAGCAGUCGGCGUCCGAUUAUCUGGGCAAGAGCGUGAACGCAGCAGUCAUCACCGUGCCCUACGACUUCACUGAUGAGCAGAAGGCGGCACUCUCGAAAUCUGCGAAGGAGGCUGGCAUCGAGGUGCUGCAGUUCAUUCCGGAGCCCGUGUCCGCUUUGCUCGGUCACGAUGCGAAGGUCCAACAAUCGGGCGAGCAACCACAGCAACAUGACAGGAUCAUACUGGUUGCAGAUCUGGGAGGCACAAGAUCAGACGUCUCGGUGGUAGCGAGCAGAGGCGGAAUGUACACUACCUUAAGCACAGCACACGACUAUGAGCUUGGAGGCAGCACACUGGACAAAGUACUGGUGGAGUACGCAGCGAAGGAAUUUCUCAAGAAGAACAAGACAGCGAAGGACCCGCGCGGCAACGAGCGAAGCUUAGCAAAACUCACACUUGAAGCCGAAAGCGUCCGGAAAGCUCUCUCUCUAGGUGCAUCCGCCUCGUUCAGCAUCGAGAGCUUGAGCGACGGCAUCGACUUCAGCCUGAACGUCAACCGCACGCGCUUCGAACUGCUUGGGAGUAAGCUCUUCCAGUCCUUCACGCGCCUGAUCGAGUCCGCCGUGCAAAAGGCGGAUCUGGAUAUUCUCGACGUCGACACGAUCCUCCUUGCGGGCGGGGCUUCGCAUACGCCGAAGAUCGCAGCCAACGUCCAAUCCCACUUCCCUUCCACUACGACCAUCAUAUCUCCCUCCACUAGCUCCACUGCCGUCAACCCCUCCGAGCUUACCGCACGAGGCGCAGCUAUUCAAGCAAGCUUGAUCCAGGAGUUCGAGCACCAGGACAUCGAAGACAGCACCGAGGCCGUUGUAACCGUAACACCCCACCUCUCCCACGCCAUUGGCUUGGUGACCGGCAAGGAAGGCUCAGAAGAGUUCGCCGUCAUCGUCGAGCCAGAUACUCCUGUCCCUGUGCGGAGAACAGCGCAGAUACCCGUUGCGGCUGGCGGCGACGUCCUGCUCAGACUCGCAGAAGGCGUGCGCGAGAUCAAGGUUUCGAAAGCGGAGAAGCCUGGUACGAACGGUACCGCUGGGUCUGACGACGAUUCCGAUGAGGAUGGUUCCGACGACGAGCCAGAGGAGGUGCGGAGUAAAGUCCUCAAGCCUGGCAAGAUCAUCGCGGAAGCUGGGCUGAAGGGCGUGAAGAAGGGUGGAAAGGUUGAGGUGCAGGUUAACGUGGCGGCGGAUCUGGGCGUUACGGUUGUUGCGAGGGAAGUUGGUGGGAAGGGUGGUGUGAGGGGUGUUGUCGAGGGUACGGGGGCUCAGCAGAAUGGGAGUGCGGCAUGA